AUGAAUUCUAAAUCAUCUUCUCAUUCUCGGUCCGACGAGGAGAUAUCUCAUUCUUCUUCCGAAGAGGAGGUACCUCCCGCUCCCACCGGAUGGGAUGUCGCGGGUUUCGCCAACAACCCAGUCAACAACUAUAUCUCCCGUUUCAUACAAAGCGAGCUUGCUCGAAUGCAGCAGCCACCCCAACGGCCAAUCCCGCGGCGGCGCCGAUACAUCCACAGCGACCACGCUGGUGGGCACGAUCGGCUGUUCGCCGAUUAUUUUGCUGAGGAACCACGUUAUCCGGCAGAUGUAUUUCGUCGCCGAUUCAGAAUGCGCCGCUCCCUCUUCCUGCGCAUUGUUAAUGCGUUGUCCGCGCGUUACCCCGAGUUCCGGCUCCAGCGAGACGCCACAGGGAAGCUCGGUCUAUCGCCCCUGCAGAAAUGCACUGUUGCCAUCCGACAAUUGGCAUAUGGAGGGUCCGCCGACAUGUUCGAUGAGUAUCUGCAAUGCGGCGAGACAGACGGGCAACGAGUGCCUGAAGAAUUUUUGUCGGGGCGUGCGAGAGAUAUUUGGGGGGCACUACCUUCGCUCGCCAGACGCAGUGACUGCGGUUCUGGCUGGAUUGGCACUUUGGAGGACCCACGGCUUUCCGGGGAUGCUCGGCAGACAUCGACUGUAUGCACUGGCAGUGGAAGAACUGCCCAACCGCGUGGCGAGGCCAGUUCACUACCGGCUACAAAGACGAUCAGAUGCCCAAUCGGAGAUAGUAGAAAGUAUUUUGCCCGAGCGCAAGAGUCUGCGCGCAAGGAUGUGGAGAGGGCGUUUGGGGUGCUCCAAGCACGAUUUGCACUGGUAAAGGGCCCGACGCGCUUUUACUACCAGGGGGAUAUUGCCGACAUCAUGUAUGCGUGCAUCAUCAUGCAUAACAUGAUCAUCGAGGAUGAACACGAAGGCGUCCUCAACGUCACCAAUGACACCAGUGUUGCAUCAUCGAGUCACGGUGUCUCAACCGAGUCCGAGUCCGCCCGCCGGGGUGUACCGUACAACGAACAUGAACGGUUCAAGGCGUUCAUGGACAUACACCAAAAGGAGGCCCAUCGAGCACUACAACACGAUAUGAUCGAAGAAUUGUGGGCAAAUAGAAACCGCGCCCACCGCCCUUGA